UGAAAUAAUCUGAACGCUUUCAAUGUUACCGUAUAAUUCUAUUCGAUGUAAUACCGGUUGAAAGAAGAAGUUAAAGUUGUUUUUCAAAGUAAACUUUUGAUAUCUUUUUUAUUUUUAUAAUUUCUAUUUUUUACGAAGUGUAAUGAGAGAAGUGUACUUAAACAAAAGAAGAUAAAAUUGCGUUAUAAUUUUAGAAAAACACUAAAUACACUUUUUCAGUGUAAGUAUAAGAUUAUAAUGGCUGAUAAAGAACCUAGAAGAAGAAAGAAAAGGAAAGAUUCUCAAAGAAAAGUUCAUUUUUCAGAUGAUAUGCAUUCAGAGGACCAAAUUUUUAUGAGCACUCGGUCAGAAAGUAAAGAUUCUGAUCAAGAAGUUGAGGAAGAGAUUAUAGUAACUGCACAUCAACCAAGUGGUUUCGCCAAAAUAGUCUUUGUUCUUUUGUUUUCUGGUCUAGUUUUGUCAAUGAGUUUUAUAUUCAUUUCUUUGCAUGGAACUGAGAGAGGUUCAGUGGAUUUAUUUGAUGAUCAUCACUCUGAGGAACAUGAACCAUUACAUAAUUUGGACCAAGUAGAAAAUGACAGCUCUAUUCCAGAUCAUUCAGACGGGAUGGAAGUUCACGAUUCUCAUGAGGAAGAGGAAAAAUGGAGCUCAUCUGAUUUUCUAUCAGGGAACAUUAUGGAUAUGUUGCCUGAUAUUGGAGAAAUGUUAUCUUUCAAUAAUGAAAAUACUAAGGAAUUUAGAGAAAAUACAGAGUUUCCAGACAGUGAAAAGUUGGAUACAAACUCUGAAGAUGUCACAGAAAAAUCCAGUGAGGGAAUUGAAAUGAAUGCAGACCACAAUGAGGAAAUAUUUGAUUCUGAUUCUACUUCAGAAAGCCCAGAUUUAUCUUUUUCUUCUGAAAUCCCUGCCGAAGAGCUUGAUCCACUGUUGUAUGAAGAAAUCGAGCUCCCCAUGCCUGAAACGACUGAUUACAGCUCUCCAGGGCAUGCAUCAACUAAUGAUUUUGAAGAAGAUAUAACACCUGUACCUGAGACGACUACAAAAGAAAUUCCGGAACGAACAUCUCGUGCAUCGUCUGAAAUUAUUCAAGAAACUAGGACUGAGGAAUAUCCAGAAGAAUUUUCUGUUCCGGAAGAUAAUUUGUCACCAAGUACUUUAGAGGAUUAUGGUGACGAAUUAACAGGUAUCACACCAGAUAGUUUAGAAUAUGAAGAGGAGGAUAAAUUGGCAUAUGAAAAAAUAUCAAUUACGAAUGAAAUGGAUUAUGAAAUAAGAGAGGAACUAGAUGCCUUAGAUAAAAAGUUGGAUAAAUCUGCUGAAAAUGUUUUGAAGAGAUGUAACGAGCUUCUGAAGUUACACAAGGAAAGCCCAAGACUCCAUUUUCUGAAAGCUCAAGCAUUAGAUAAGAUUGCAGAAUCACAGCGCAGUAAUAAAUUGCUGGAAGAUGCAAUACUCGGUUAUCAGAAAGUUCUGGAUUUGAAAAAUGUCCCUGAGGGGCUGUAUUUAAUUGCUGGGAAAUUAACUGCUGAAAAGAUGCGCUUCAGAGGAUUUAUGGGCAAGUCAGUAAAGCUUUUGUCUACUAUGCUUACGAAAUAUCCUCAGAAUAUUGAAGUGAGAAAUCUACUUGCUGUGGGUUAUUUAUUAAUUGGCCAAAAUAAAGCUGCUAAAAAAGAAUUUCAAGAUAUUUUAAAAGUAUUUCCUGACUCUGGUUUUGCAAAAGUUCAUCUUGGUUUCAUCUUGAAAACUGAUGAAUCGAAAUAUGAAGAAUCCAUUAAAUUGUUGAGUGAAGGCAUAGCCUCUAGAGAAAGUGGUGUUCUUGAUGGCAGAUUUUACUUUCAUCUUGGAGAUGCGUUACAUAGAAUUGACAGAAACAAUGAGGCUUUAAAAGUGUAUGAUGAAGCUGUGAAGGAAGGUCUAUUUUUAUCCCGUUAUCAACGAUCAUUAUAUAAUGUGAAUGGUUUAACAGGAAAACCGUGGUGGGAUCCAAAAAGUUCUUCUUAUGCUCCUUAUUUUAAAAUUCUUGAGAGAGAUUGGUCACUAAUCAGAGAUGAAGCAGUAGCUUUAAUGAAUGAAAACAAUUCUGGUUUUAUGGCAGAAUCUGAAGGUUUGCAAGAUACUGGGGAUUGGAAACAGUUUGAAUUAUUUGCACGAGGAAGGAAAAUAGCAAAAAAUUGUGCCAAAGCUCCAAAAACUUGUUCUUUAAUAUCACAGAUGCCGGAUGCUGCAAAUUGUAAGCGUGGACAGGCAAAAUUUUCUAUUAUGCAUCCUUCAACUCAUGUAUGGGCUCAUACUGGGCCAACAAACUGUCGUUUAAGAGCUCAUUUAGGAUUAAUUAUUCCAGAUGGAGCCAGUAUCAGAGUAGCUGAUGAGAUAAGGCAUUGGGAAGAAGGUAAAAUUAUAUUAUUUGAUGACUCUUUCGAACAUGAAGUUUGGCACAACGGCAGCUCAUCUCGGUUAGUUUUGAUUGUUGAUUUUUGGCAUCCUGAACUGACAGCAUAUCAGAAACGCUCUUUGUCUCCCAUUUGAACAAGGCAAGCUUUUAUAGCAUUUCACAAAAUUAUAAUGAGCUUAAUAUUGGACUUUAAAUGUCAGCAUUUGAAUUUAUUUUUUAUGAACAACAUUUUUUACACAUGUUUUUACCAAUAAUAAAUGUGUUGUGCAAUAUGUCCCAUUAUGACUGAACCUGCCAAAAAGUCAUAAAAUAUUUAAAUUUAGUUCCUCGAUAUUGCCAUAUAUAAUUUAUUUGUUAUUAAUUUAAUAAUAUCUUAGUUUUUUUUUUCUCGUUUUCUCAUUGCAUUAAAUGAUUAACAAAGUGGUACCAGCAAAUUAUGUUCUUCGUUUGUACAAAGUGUCCACAAAAUGCCAGCUUGGUUUCAAAAUUAAAAUCUUGAAAACCAAGAAAGACAAAAAUGAAACAAAUAGUAUUUUUAUAAACAAAUUUAUAAUUUAGCUACUGUAGGUCGUGCAGAGAUCUUAAAAAUGAUACAAAAACUUUUCUUGGGAUUGCAAUACAUUGUUUAAACUUUCUAAUUCAGUAGUGCAUCGACCUCCUUUAACAUUUAAGUUAUUGAAAUGCAAUUUUUUUUAGGGGCUUUGUCAUGUAUUUACUACUGGCGGCACCAUUUAUUGGCAACUUUUUCUAAUUUACCAAUUUAAAUUUAUCAUUUUUAGAGCUUUCGCAAUAAACAUAGUGCGUGUUUCUUUAUUUUCAAAAUUUUUAAUUUGAAAUCAGACUUUUCCACUGGACACUCUGAAAGUAUCUUCUUAAAAAACAACUUAAUAACUGUGUGAUACUUGUUAUGUUUAACAUUGAUUUUUAAAAGUAUGUAUUGUGAUGUAAAUAGACAAAUGAAAGCAAAUGAAUUUGUAAAUCUGCAGUUUCAUAAAACCCUUCAUAGCUAGUAGUAUCAUUUGUUAAAUGUAUUUUAAUAUAUAAAAGUACUUUUAGAUAGAUCGAUAGAUGACAUAUUAGUUACUUUAUUUUUGUUGAAGCUGUUAGCUUUAAUUGUGAGAUCUCACUUGUUACCAAACUUCAGAAGCUCCCGAGAUAUUGUGCCAUUUUUUAAUCCUAUUGUGAAAUAUCAACCGAAAGAACUACCAACUUUUUCAAAAAAAUCUUACAUCUGGUUUAUUGCCUUUGAACUGAAAUUUCAAGUAAAUAUGAAAAUCAAUUUUAAUUAUGUAUAUAUAUAACAAAAUGCAACUGAAAUUGAAUUCUACAUAAGAAAGAAUUUGAAGUUUUUUGUAACUAAUAACAAAUGUAAUUACAGUUUUUUUUUAAAAAUCAGAAUUAUUAAUUUUAAUAAGAAGUAUGAAAUUCUUGUUUUGUUCAAGUUCAGCUCAAUAAAGGUAUUAAAAAUAUUUGCACAAGCUGCUAGUAGCUCGAGGGUUUUGUGAUCACUGCUGUAGACUAAUAAAAAAAAUUAUUGGCAAGCAAUACUUGCAGUACUUAUUUUGUUAGUUUUGGUUUUUUGUUUUGUUUACUAUAUUUCGAGAGCACCCCACCAAAGCCAUGAAUGUUUAAAAAGUUACUGAUGAAAUAAAUGUGUUUAAAAGUUUUUUAUUCUGUGUACUAUCCUUAUCUGCCUACUUUUAUACAAAAUGAAAUAUACUAUUUUGGGCUACUAAAGUUUGGCAUUCGCAUUUAUGUCUAUGGUUGACCAAAAAAUGAAUAAAAAAAAUUGCCUUUAGUGAAAGUUGCUAAAUUUUAUAAUUUCUGGUUCUAGGAUGAUGCUUACAAUAUAUAAUUUUUUUUAAAUGAAAAACUUGAUGCAGAAACAUAUGUUUGCUAUUAAAAGAAUCUGCAGAAAUUUGCAUAAUUGUAAAUUUGUUAAUUACAAAAAUUAAAGACAUGUUCAUUUUUUUAAAAUUUCAACUCGGAUAAAUUUUGCUUAUUGAAAUAAAAGACAUGUGUCUCUUGUCAUAAUUUCAGAAUAAUUUUUGCAGAGUUUCAAUUAGAAAACUAAACUGUUUAUUUGAAAAAUAUUUUCCAUCUUAAUAAUCAUUAUAAAAAAUGAAAUUUUAGAUGAAAUUUUCCAAAUACUAACUUUUUUUUUGGAAAUCUUUUUGUUUACGAAAUCAAUUGUAAAUGAUAAUAAAACUGGAAAUAAAUAACCAUUGAAAAAAUAAUUCAAAAAUUACUAAUAUUCUAAAAUAUUUGCAUGUCAUUUUGCAUGAAAAAGGUAUGUGCAGAAAGUUUAUUAAAAACUGUAUAUGAAGACAUUUUCAAAACUUGAACAGGCCAUGUAAUUAAAUUGGCAAAUAGUUAGGGGGAAAAAAUUGUACAUUGAAAGUUAACCUAAUUCACUUAAUCUGGGACUCACUGUAUAUAUGUUUUUUAAUAAGAUUAAAAAUGUGAUAUUUUCAAACUGCAAAACAUCUUCUAUUGAUAAAUUGACUUUUAAAAAACAUGUUACUUCAAAUAUCAGAAUUUAACUCUUUAAUAUUUAUCAUUUAUAAAUUUUAAUUAGCUUUGUAAAGUAUAAGACAAUAAUAUAAUGACAAUGCAUAUCAGUUUUAUUGUAGUUAUUUCUAUAGCUUAUUAUUAUGAAAUAAGUUUUAAAUAAAAUCUAGAAUAUAACUUGUUAAAUGCAGACAGCAAUUAAGAAAUAGAAUGAGUAAAUAAUUAAACAUUUUAACCCUAUAAUGGUCCCGUCUGUAGAAGGUGAUUGUAAAAAGUAAGAUAAUAUCAGAAACACUAAAUGAUUUAGUGGUGAAUCUUGUAGCAGAUUAUUUUUUUCAUUAAUGCUUUAUUAAUUUAAUUCAGUUAAACAUAACUUCUUUGUUUUGUAUUAAUUAUCUUGUCAUGUUACUUGACCAAUUAGAAUGCAAGAAAAUUAAGUUUUUAAAAGUAUUUCAUCUUUUAUAUCAGUACCAAUUAAUUUUCUCCUAAAAAUUUCCAGUUCUUAAUAGAGUCAAUACUGAAAGUACAUAUAUAAUAUGUACUUCUCAUUUGAUUUUUUAACUAUAGGCAGCUGAUUUUAUGGACAUAUAUUGUUUAAUUUUCGUGUGACUAUUGAAACUGUCUUUGUUAGAUGAUGAUGGAUACUUAAGUCAUAUUCAUUGGUUUGGACUGUUAAUUAGUUAAAUACAUUCUCAUGCAAUUGAAAUGUUUCUAUAUUAGAUUUGUUUAAUGUCAACUCAUAAAACCUGAUUGUUUUUGAUUUUUAAUAAAAUAAUUUUUAAAAGAAA